AUGGCGUAUGCCAACAGGAGUCACACUCGCAUCUUCAGCCUGCGAGAUCAGUUGCAAAAUUUGAAAAAGGCCAACAGGUCUGUUGCUAAUUACUUACAAGAAAUUAGAUCAAUUGCUAAUGCUCUCAAAGUAGUUGGUUCACCAGUAGCUGAUGAAGAACUCGCUGUCAAGAUCUUGAGUGGCUUGGGUCCUGAGUAUCGUGAGAUCUCUGCCGCCAUAAGAGCACGAGAUACAGCCUUAAGCUUUGAGGAACUAUUCCACAAACUCACGGACCAGGAACUCUUCCUGAAACACCAAGAUCUUGAAAAAUCGUCCUCAACCAUCACUGCUGCAGUUGCACAAAGGACCAACUUUCAACCUCAACAAUACAGGAACAAUCGUCGCUUCUCCAACCAAUCAUGGAAAUCAUCAGGUCAACGACAAGAGUCCAUUGACAACCCACAAAGUGGUAGACAACCAAGGCAAGCUGUGAAAUGUCAAUUGUGUCAAAAGAUUGGUCACACGGCUGAUGUGUGUCGCUCAAAGUCACAUAAUCACUUUGAAGCAAAGGUUAAUUUUGUGUCGAAUCAUCGCCUCAACAAUACAAGAACAAUCGUCGCUUCUCCAACCAAUCAUGGAAAUCAUCAGGCCAACGACAAGAGUCCACUGACAACCCACAAAGUGGCAGACAACUAA